CAGAGGGUCGCAAUAGGUGGGGAGUCCAGUGAUGUACAGCAGGAGUUUUUCGCCACUUCCAACUGCCUCCAAGUUGCUAUAUCUUCGCACCAACAUCGCUCUAUCAUUUUAUACAGGUCAGUCCACAUGAGUUCCUGCAGGCAGUUAUGAAGGCCAGUGAUAAGAGGUUUCAAAUUGGUGCACAGUCCGAUCCUGUGGAGGUUGUGUCCUGGCUUUUGAAUACACUGCAUGCAAAAUUAAGGAGCUCGAAGAAGGAAAAUAGGAGCAUUAUACAUGACUUCUAUCAGGGGGAACUUGAAGCUGUUAAGGAGAUCCAUAAAAUGACCUCUUCUGGAAAAGAAAGAGAAUGGUGAAGCGGAGAACCGCGUAGCUGUUUCAGAGGGUGGAGCAACAAAUGUGAAUGUCGUGGCAGAAGUGUCUAGAGUGCCAUUAUUCUUUGGAUAAAUAGCUCCAGGUGAUAAUGGUACCCCAACAAUUAUCAGUUUAUACGAGGUAUGAGAUUAAAGUGAGGGAGCAACAAGAAUCAUUAAGAAACCAGAGGAAAUUACAGGUCGGUACUGGUGUUCGUGCAGAAAAGAUAAGGACAUACAAUUACAAGGACAACAGAGUAACUGACCACAGAUUGAAGAUGAAUUUUGAGCUUACAUCCUUCCUUUCAGGAGAUAUUGAGACAGCGGUUCAGGGAUGUGCAGCCAUGGAGCAGAAGGAACUGCUGGAGGAAAUGGCCGAGUCGGUUGGUUGGACAGCUACUUGAUCAAAUAGUUUAUCUAUCCGAUUCUCGCUGAUAGCGAGCCUCUGAUUCCGGGUUCUCAAGAAACUUGAUCAAAGCGGCCUGAUCUCGCCAAUCCAUAUCCUAACCUCUCGGAAGUUGAUUCCUGAAGCAAUGAUUCUCGGAGAUUAUUGGCGCUCUUGUUGACAGGAAAUCACUUGUUUCUGUUCACAGACUUGAACAGUUACUCAUUUGUAGUGGCUAUUGUAAUUUUAAGCUGAAAUUUUGAUUGAGAAAUACAUUGUCUUUUGCUAAUGACCAAGUUGCCGAACAUACACGAA